AUGACCCUGUUGGGUGCACAUGUUAGGUUAGGGUUUGUUUCUCCCUACAGGGACUCACCGGCAAUCGUGAAGGCGUCGUUGACGCUCUUCAAUUUUGCCCAGACUGCUGCGAAAACCAGCACACAUACUAGAGGUGAAAUGGCAGAGACCGCGGCCUUUCCUUGGAUCCUUCAAGCAUUGUCGUAUGCGACCUAUCUCGCAGGCAGGAAGACUUAUGGUAGGACUUUGCAAGCGAAUGGCGAGGUUGAGACGUUGGCUUCGCUGUACUUGGCAUCUCCAGAAUGGGACGGGGCCGCGCGCAUCGAGCUGUCCAGGCUGACCGGUGAUGGUCGGACCGGCAAUGGCGGGGGGCAUAUCCGCGCGGGGGUGGUGCAGAUACGCUUGCGUGUGGUUCCGAGUGUACUGAAGGGCGGCGUGGAGGCUCACUCCGAGGGGGUCUCGGACGUCCUUGAAUGGAUUGUUGCUGCGGAGAAGAAUGCGACGGACGGCGGGGGAUCCUGGUCGGAUGAUGAUCGCGGAAUUGCGGCUGUUCACAUAGCUGUGGGACACUCCCCGCGGAAUGAGGGUGUCGAAUGGACAUGCUGGGCUGCCUAG